ACACCGACAUCGAUAACAGAGCAGAGUCAUAGGGAAAAUAUACACAGCGAAAAGUAAAGUGCGAGUCAGUGCGUUUUCCGAACAGCCGUAUCCAAAGUAGAAUCCCCAUGUCCGGCUCCGGUCUCGACGAGAAUCCCUUCGGGGAGCCCAAUCUGGACAAUCCGUUUGCGGACCCCGCCAUCCAGCAGGCGCGGCGACUCCAGAGCGGCGCCGCCCUCGUCUCCCUCGAGGAUUACAAUCCGUUCGAGGAGCAGGCCAAGCCGCAGCUGCAAAUCAACUCGACGAACACGGCAGCGGUGGUCCAGCCGCUGUCGCAGAACAUUCCGCCCCCGCAGACCAGUUCCCUGGGCGCCUCGGCGCCGAGCACCAGCAUACAGAUCACCUCGGAGGAGCUGCAGCGCCGGCAGGAGGAGUUGGACCGCAAGGCUGCCGAGCUGGACCGCCGCGAGCAGCAGCUGCAGGGCAAUGUGCCACAGCUGAACAACUGGCCACCACUGCCGGAUAACUUCUGUGUGAAGCCGUGCUUCUACCAGGACUUCGAGGUGGAGAUACCGCCCGAGUUCCAGAAACUGGUCAAGCGAUUGUACUACAUUUGGAUUUUUUACACCAUGACGUUGUUGGCCAACGUGAUUGGAGGUCUCAUUUUGCUGUUCCAUGCUGGCGAAUUCGAAACCUUCUUCCUGGCCAUCUUCUACACGAUGCUCUUCUCGCCCGCCUCAUAUGUCUGCUGGUUCCGACCGGCGUACAAGGCGUUCCGCAACGAUUCGAGCUUCAAUUUCAUGGUCUUCUUCUUCAUCUACUUCUUUCAAACGCUGUACUCGAUUGUGCAGGCGGUGGGCUUCAACAAGAUGGGUUACUGUGGCUUUAUUACGGCCAUCGGGCAGUUCGAUGGCAAUGCGUCGGGCAUUAUCGUCGGCAUUCUGCUCCUGAACGUGGCCUUCUGUUUCACAGCGGUGGCCGUGGCCAAUGUGCUGAUGAUCACUAAGAUUCACUCCAUCUACCGCAGCACAGGGGCCAGUAUGGCUAAGGCCCAGGAGGAGUUCACCACCGAGUUUCUGCGCAACCAGCACGUCCAGGAGGCUGCCUCCUCGGCUGUUAAUACGGCCAUUAACUCGCAGUUCAACAACAGCAGAUACUAAGGUACACUCUGCUUUCCGGGGAUCUGAUCCAAUCAAAAGGAGAAUCAAUCAAUCAACCACGAACUCAAGCACUCAUCCUGCUAAACUGGGACAGAAAGAGAUGAUAGCCGCGCCAGAGAGAGGGAGAUGGAGAAGGAACAUUUAAUAAACAUUGAAAUAGCUUAACACAAAAUAAAAGCAAACAAAAACAUGAAACUAAAGCUAGCAUUGGAGCAUGGAGCUAAUAACUAUUUGCUUUUGUGCAUAAACAAUUCCUAGAAUGCCGUCGUCUUUAUUACAAAUAAUUACUGUAAUGAUAACACAAAAACAUACAAUGCAUUAACAAUAUUUAUAAACGGAGCAAAACCAAACUUGGAACUAAACUGAAACUAAAAAAAAAAAAGAAAAACAAAAGGAAAUAUGAUAAACAAAAGGAAAACUAAAGCGGCCUCCGAUGCCUUCGACACACAGCUGCAGCGGACUGGGAAGACAGGACAUCUUAAUCGCACGAUAUAUGCCUCCAAAUACGAGUAUCUAGACUUAAUUAUUGUGUGUGUGUCCUGUGCAAUAAUUGGAUUCUGAUACUAACCCAGAUUAACCAGGCGAAAGGGAUGACACUGAUGAGGAUGAUGCUGCUGCUGAUGAUGAUGUUUUCUAGUUCUUUAAGUCAUUAAAACGAUAUAGGAAUACCCGCCCACUCCCUCACACACGCAACACACACACACACACACACACACACACACAUACAUAUAUACGAACUUAUAUAUAACAAACAUAAUAUAAAUAAUAUAUUUAACGCUUACAUUAUAGAACUUUAUCUCUCGUCGCCUCGACCAGAGACAACAAGAAAGCGAAAUUCAUUUUUCAUCCAAGCUGUGCUCCUCCGCCCCCUGUCCCUUGUCCCCUUUUCAAUGUCCAAUGUCCUGACUCCUCUUUUCCGCCUUCACUGUCCUGCACUCACAUGAAAUGUCGUGUUUUUUUGUAAUCGUAAUUGUUAUAUAUUAUCUAUGUACAUGAAGACAGCAUAUAAAAUAUUGAUUCACUUAAGUAUUCACA